AAAAAAAAAAAAUCACAUCUUUCCUCAGCCCUAAACACAUCUUUCCAGUCUCACUCGUUCAUACCUUUACCGAGUAAAAAAAAAAAAAAGUAAAGGUGAAAAAUGGAGCAUGGGUCAUAUCAAAAUCCAAGUUCAUCAACAUUCUCAAUAACAGAGGAAGAUCACACUCUUGCUAACUCUCUUAGAUUGGUUCUCAAUAAAGAUCCAAGGGUAUCGUUUUGUGGAUAUAGCAUUCCACAUCCUUCUGAAGCCCGGGUUAAUAUCCGAGUGCAAACAACAGGUGAUCCAGCUGGCGAGGUCCUAAAAGAUGGUUGUCAGAAUCUGAUAAAUAUGUGUGAACAUGUUAGAAAGACCUUUGAUGAUGCAGUUGACAAGUUUAAGAGCAGCAAAGCUAAUGAUUCUAUGGAUGUUAGUCCAUGAGAUACUGAUUUUCGCUUGUUUUCUUUAGGACACUGUCCCAGAUAGUUUUGAUCCGUUAAGGUAGCUAAAGGAAUGUAGUAGUACAGUAGUUAUGUGUCUUUUUUCUUCUUUCCCUGAAUUGUAGCUGAUGAUCGUUGAGAUUUGUGUACACUUGUUUACUACAUCAAAUAUGUUUUGACGGUAAAUUUGCACUUGA